AUGGAAUGGAGUGUUUUGCCGGAUGAAUCGAAGAGAGAAGUCAUCAAGAGAUUGGAUUUUAUGAGCAGACUUUCGAUCAAAGACGACAAGUGUCUGGUUGUGGUUUACACUGGAAUCGACAAGUUUUUGAGAAUGGAGAUUUCGAAAGGAGAGAAUGGUUGUGUGAUUCAUAAAAUGGAGAACAGUUAUGACCUUAAAAAGGCAAUUGUUAAAGUAUUCACUGAAUCUGUCCCUACUGUUUUGGCAUGUUCCAUCCUCAGAAACCUCUUCAAUUAUGAAUCAACUCUCAUUGGAACUUUUGAACUUGAAUUCGAUACUUGCAAUUUCUUAAGCCAAAUCAACCAAUUAGAACGUAUUCUUUCUGUAAUUGGAUCCAAGGCAAAAACGGGAUCGAGUCAAUUCAAUGUGAAGAGAUUCCAUGCGAACUGGAUGACUUCUCUUCAAAUCAUCGAUGCAUGUCAUUUGUCACUAUUCAAUUGUAUGGUGUUGGAAGAGGUGGAAAGAGAGGGAAUUGUAUGGGAAACAGAGUCACUGACACCGAGAAUAACGAUGGAAACAUCUAAAAGAUACGGAGAACAGAUCAUUCGUCUAAAUGAUAUCUAUAUGGCGGAGCGUCGGGCUGAUUGUCGUUUCAAAAUGGUGGAAAAGGCCAUGGAAACUGAAAAUGGGUAUACAACGUGUCGUUGGUCCAAAAUUCAGGACGUAUUCCUGUGGGACCAUCAGAAAAUUACUAGUGAGAGACUCAAUAAAGAUGUUGAGAUGAAACGUGUCGUUGUUCCUCAAAUUGACAUAGUCACUCGCUGGAAUAAGUCAAAGUGUGGUGUCUGGGUUCACAUAAUGAAAAUGUAUAACGAGAAAAAAUACGUUAAUUUUUUCAAGAACGAAACUUGUGGUCUUCGCUACCUUUGCGAGAAGUGCUCUGAUCCAUUCGACUACUGGUUCUAUCAAAACUUGCCACGUCGUAUCCAUCAUGAACCGGAAUGGAGUGAUGUAGGAAUUCUUUCCCAAGAUGCAAAUAAAGACACAAAAGAUAUCGAAAUGAUAGAAAAUGCAAUGAAAUUGAAAAAGAAAUUUCAAGACGAAGACAAGAAAAGUAAGAGGAAACAGAAGAAACAGAAGAAAUCCAAGACACUCACAAAGAAAGACGAUGAGUUCAACUCGUGGGGAUUUGGAAUUCAAAAGAAAAUUGAGAUGGAUCAACUUGUGAAAUCAACAGCUCAAAUGUCAGUUCAUGAGAACUCUGGAGAGAUCAUCGUCUAG